AUGGCCAAUACCGAGCAAGUCUUCCAUUGUUUUCCACGACUACCCGCAGACUUGCGCAAAGAAAUAUGGCGCUUUUGCUUGCCCAACCGCAUAUGCGAACUGGAUUUCCUGGUAGACGACAUUGUCUUCAACGUGGACGAGGGAGCCCCAGUGCCAUGCACAUUGGAGCGUACAACGAGUUUGAACAGCCGACCGCCACUGAUCACGCGGGUGUGUCGUGAGGCUCGUGAAGUAGCGCUCGAGACAGGCUACGUUCACAUCCGAUCCGAAGACGACCGCCCUGAAACCGCCCGUUGGGUCUCGAUGCUCAGUGUGGAAGAUGGAUGGCAAGAUCGGACGAGGGAUUCCUGGCAUCUGAAUUACAACCUGGCCUACGAAGGAGGAUACGAGUCUUCGGGUCACCCAGUCGCAUAUUUGGCCUGGCAUGUCUUGCACUCAGCUUCUGGCGUUGGGUCCUUCGACUUCGGCCUACUUUCACACGUCGGCAUCUGGAGCCGAGCAUCGGACCCGUUUGGAGUCAGGCACAAGGACGAAUGUCAUAGCCUCAAGCAGCUUCAGAAGUGGCUCGUGGUUAUGCGGAUCAUUGUCGUGCAUGCUGACCUAAGGACCGCUGCUGCGACAGGAAUGUUUGGCUUGCUUGGUGAUGCGACUUUGCAAGUAGUAGACGUGGCUGACCAGGGCCGCUUGGAGAAGUUCGUUGACUUGGCCGAAGAAUAUGAGAAGACGAUGAGUGCAGUGGUUACUCCGCAAGAUCUCACCAGGGAAUCGAAAGAUUCGAUGGAGCUCAGGCUACAAGAAGUAGAGAUGGAUGGUUACGGAAAUGAGACCAUGGCGAACACUUUGCGGCCAGCUGUCACACCGUUCAACACUACUCGCGGACGACACCUCGAGGUACAUCCUGUGUAG